UCCCCUGGAGAACCAGCCGAGAGUUAGUGAAAUUUAUUUACUUUCGCUUUCUUUCAACUUCUCUUAAUUUUUUUUGACUAGACUUCAAAAUAAUUAGAAAAUCUAGUUUGAGUCAGCUAGAUUCUAGAGUUAAGCUUUAAGAGUAGCUAUGAAUUUUGAACGUGGUGUCUUUGUUGCAGUACACACAGGAGCAGGAACCCAUGCAGAUUCAAGCUGUCAGAACCAUAAAUCCAUAUGUAAAAGAGCUUGUCAACAGGCAAUGGCAUUGUUGUUGGGCAAAGGAUCAGCUCUUGAAGCUGUUACAGCUGCUGUGGCUGCUAUGGAGAAUGACGAGUGUACCAACACAGGCAGAGGGUCAAACCUGACCAUGCAUGGAACUGUUGAGUGUGAUGCCAGUGUUAUGUGUGGGAGUUCCCUGUCUUUUGGAGCUGUGGGCGCUCUGUCAGGUGUUGCUAAUCCAGUGACUGUGGCAAGGAGACUUGUUGAAGAGAAAAAACUAGGUCCUUUACCAUUUGGACGAAUUAGGCCAAGUAUCCUGGUGGGGAAAGGUGCUCAAGAAUACUGUGUGGAGCAUGGGAUAGGAGUUAAUGAUAACUUAAUAACAGAUUCUGCUUACAAAACAUUCUUGCGUUAUUCUAAGAAGUGUUUCAAAAAACCAUCUGCUUUGUUGGUAAACAAAAAAAGAAAAUUUUCAGAAAUUGAAAAAAAAGAUUCGGAAGAAAACCAGAAGUGUGAGAACCCCCGUGAUGAUCAAGUGCAGGAUACAGUUGGUGCGGUGUGUAUAGACAGUGAGGGGAACAUGGCAGCUGCAGCCUCUAGUGGGGGCAUCUGGCUGAAGCAUGCUGGGAGACUGGGCCCUGCUGCUGUCUAUGGCGCUGGCUGUUGGGCCCAGAAUGAAACUUCAGAAUCAAAACCUGGCAUUGCUGCUGUGACAUCAGGCUGUGGAGAACAGUUGAUGCAAACAUUGCUAGCCAAGACUUGCUGUGAUUCUAUACGGUCAACAGACAACCUUACGCAAGCCCUGACUGGCACUUUUAAAUCUAAUUUUAUGGAGUCAGAAUUUCUGGCUGGUGAUAAAGAUAAAUUUGCCGGAGCUCUUCUUCUCAGGAAAAUACAAAUUAAUGGUGUUAGAGAAAUUGAAGUUCUGUGGAUCCACUCAACGGCCAGCAUGUGUUUUGGUUACAUGUCUGGAAAAGACAAAACUCCAACUGUACGGAUGUCUAGGCUAGAUGAAAGGUGCUGCCCUGGUCAAUCCUUUGUUAUAGAAGGUCAUACAGUUUUAACCAGUGGUCAGCCAGCUGCCACAGAAACCUGAUGUCUAAUUGUAUCAAUGUCAGGGGACCUUGCCUGUUUGGUAAAGCAUGUAGCACUACCAGAAUUGAACAAUUGCUGUGUACAGGAUCAUAUUGUGGAAGUUGUAGCAGUGUAAAGUUCGUCACAUUUGGAGGACAUUGCUAGUUAAUUGUAACAUGUACACCUAGCUGGUUGCAUCUAGGUCUGAGCCAAGACUACUUAACUAGCUGUGUUAUUUCUGUUUUAUAUUUAUUGUUUCUACUGAAAUA